CUUAUGUCAAAGUCUGGUGGUGUUUCUCUCCGGUAGGACGAGUGUCUCUCCCUGUGGUUUCUCCUCCGGGGUGCAGUCUAGGUAGAUCACCCUGAUGAAGCCUCUGUGCUGUAGCCCGUUGGUGAAAUAAAGAAGGUUCUUCCAAUCAGUCAGUGUUCCCCACAGUGAGAGACGGAGAGCUGUCCUUCUUCAGCUGAUGACACUACUCUUUUUUGGCACAAACGAUGCUUCCCCGGGUCAGUAAAGAGUUUCUGGUCCGGAUACGGUUCAACUGGCAGCCGUUUUUUCGGGGCCGGGCCUUACUGCUCACAAACACCCUGAGUGGAGGCGUCAUGCUGGGGCUGGGAGACAUCGUGCAGCAGAGCCGGGAGAUCUACAGGAAGCCGGACAGAGUGCGAGACUGGAGGAGGACAGGUUUCAUGUUUACCGUGGGCUGCUCAAUGGGCCCUAUGUUGCACUACUGGUACAUCUGGCUGGACGGACUGUUUGUGGGCAAAGCUCUGAAAACGGUGGGCAAGAAGGUUCUGGUGGACCAGGUGGUCGCUUCACCAUUUUUAGGGAUGUGGUAUUUUUUAGGUAUGGGUCUCAUGGAGGGACACACUUUAUCUGAAGGAUGGAAGGAGUUUAAAGACAAGUUUGUGGAAUUUUAUAAAGCGGACUGUUGCGUUUGGCCUGCCGCUCAGAUGAUCAACUUCUACUUCCUUUCGCCGAAAUUCCGAGUCGUGUACAUCAACUUUGUCACUUUAGGGUGGGACACGUAUCUUUCCUACCUCAAACACAGAGAUGACAGUCACUCUGCUGAGCUGGUAUCAGACAGCAGUGCAGUGAAUGUGCAGCAGGAAGCGCUCCCACCAUCCAAACCUCUGGAGGAAAAAACUUCGACACAGAGUUCUUCUCAACUGUGAAAUCCGUCAUCGAAGCUAAAGAACAUUUUGCUGUUUUUAUCUGUUCAAACUUUACUGCCUUUGCAAAAUGUUGCAGGACUAUUUCACAGAUGAUAUUUAAAAUGAGCUGUUCCUCUUUGAAGUUUAAAACGACUGUGCGUCUGUCUGAACUGUGAGGAGUUGUUGAUGCUUAAGUGGAAGUGCAGGAACACUUUUCCCUUCAUGUCUGUAGUUUUAAUAUACCUCUGUCCAGUUUGUCUCUUUAUUUAUGUCUGAAUGAUGUGAACUCCCGAAGGAACAUUCAGGGAUGGAAAGCUGUUUCACUGCCUGUCCUGUAAAUACCUCUGAUGGUGGUGGUUCUCUUUUUAUCGCAUCUGAGGAGUGUAACUGCUGCCAUUAACAAAACCUUCAGCGAGGCACUGAAAUGUAAGUUUCAGUUGAUGAGUGUUUGUAUUGUUAAGCUCAACAUCGCUGUAGUUGCACUAAAAGAUUUAAACUGUAAUUAAAGCAAGUGGCAUUUGUUUUAUUUCAAAUAAUAAUAUAUAUUUGAUAUGAAAGAAUCAUUAUUGAUGUGAAAGAGCUGCUAUGUUUUUAUCUAUUAAGAGGUACAAACUUUGCCUUAAUACAUAGACCAGUGCUUCACUCCAUUUUCAUGCUAAAUAACCUCAUGUCCGGUGUAUCCCUUUGUGGUAUCUGUAAAAAUAAUCACAUGAUUAUAUUAAUGUAAAGGAAAUCUGUAGCAGGACCAUUAUUAAA